AUGGUGCGGCUGCAAAUCGAGUUCAGCGGAGGCUUGGAGCUGCUGUUCGGCGGAGAGAAGAAGCAGAGCGUGGAUGUGACUGUAACGGGGGAGGAUGGGCAGCUAUCCAUGGCGCCGCUGCUGGCAUGGAUGAGAGAGCACAUGCUCAAGGAGCGACCAGAGAUGUUUCUCAAGGGGCCCACUGUGCGACCGGGUGUGCUAGUGCUGAUAAACGACGUGGAUUGGGAGCUCACAGGCAAUCUCGAGUCCACAGUGGAGGAUGGCGAUAGAGUCACUUUCAUUUCCACACUGCACGGAGGCUAG